CCACACGGCACCGCACGAUGGAUCGGUUAGGAAUGCUAUCAUCCUCCACCUACGGUCUGAAACCGAACAAACAUUCUAGUCAAUUCCGCAACCCGUUCGGUGGUCGACCAUGGAUGGAGCAGAAUGGUGCCGCUGCCGCUGCACCCGGUGCCAAAGGGCUAAAGGGCAUCGUGGCCGGUGGCAUUACCGGUGGCAUUGAAAUAUGCAUCACCUUUCCGACGGAGUACGUGAAAACGCAGCUACAGCUGGACGAGAAGGGUGCGACCAAGCAGUACAACGGCAUUAUGGACUGCGUGAAGAAGACGGUGAAGACGAACGGUGUGCUGGGACUGUACCGGGGGUUGAGUGUGCUGCUGUACGGUUCCAUCCCGAAGUCAGCUGUCCGGUUCGGCGCAUUCGAAAGUCUGAAGGGUCGUCUGAUGGAACCGAACGGACAGCUGAGCACGUCCGGUAAACUGUUGGCCGGUUUGGGUGCAGGUGUUGCCGAAGCGAUACUCGCCGUAACACCGAUGGAAACGGUCAAGGUGAAGUUUAUCAACGAUCAGCGCAGUGCAACUCCCAAGUACAAGGGUUUCUUCCACGGUGUCGGAAUGAUCGUCCGCCAGGAGGGUUUGUCCGGUGUGUACAAGGGUCUUACAGCGACCAUCCUCAAGCAGGGAUCUAAUCAAGCAAUCCGAUUCUACGUGAUGGAAUCGCUGAAGGAUCUGUACAAGGGCGAUGAUCCGUCCAAACCGGUACCAAAGAUGGUGGUCGGUGCGUUCGGUGCGGUAGCCGGUGCUGCCUCCGUCUUUGGCAACACACCGAUCGAUGUGGUUAAGACGCGCAUGCAGGGACUCGAGGCGGCCAAGUACAAGAACACGGCGGACUGUGCGCUGCAGAUCUGGAAGAACGAGGGCCCGAUGGCGUUCUACAAGGGUACGGUGCCGCGACUGAGCCGGGUCUGUCUGGACGUGGCAAUUACGUUCAUGAUUUACGACUCCUUCAUGGAUCUGUUCAACAAGUUCUGGCGUUAAGUUA